AUGCAGCCACAUGAACAUCUCACCUCAGCUUGUGGGACUUACAUCCUCUGUCAGUCUGUCUGUCAGCCAGCUCCAGGGAUAUUCUAGGUAGAUAGCUACUGUAUUGCUCUUUGUAGAACCAAGUGUACUGUGCAGUAGCCAUAGUGACUCGUAUUGGGACUGCUCUGUGCUAAAGAAUGAAGGAACGUGUGGGGAUGGGGGUGUGGAUGAGAGACAUGGUCCUCUCUCUGUUGAUGCUGCAGCUGGCUAGGACUGUCACAGCUCAAGGUAUUGUGUAUGACCUGCUGGUGUCUCCAGACUGCCUGCCUGACCUGACACAGGGAGGACUGAAGAACAAAGGUCUGGACGAGGCCUUCCUUCUCUCCUCUUUCAGUCUCCAGAGCAAAUCCCCCUCUCAUCUGUACAGCAUUAUCAACCCCAGGACCAACAGCAAGUAUCUGGAAUUCACCCUGCAGGCUAAACUCAACAAGGUGAUGAUCCGCUACCAGAGGCCUGAUGGUAGGGUGGCCACCACUAGUUUUAACCACCCUUCUCUGGCGGAUGGCAGAGAGCACCAUGUGAUGGUCCAUGCCAGCGGUUUGCAGAGAGGACCAGGUAGUAUGGCUGUCUACAUAGACUGCAGGCUGGCUCACAUUGUGGACGAGCUGCCUGCUGUCUUUGGCUCACUGACCCCUGGACCCAACAAGGUGGCACUUAAGACCCUGAAGCCCACUGGACAGGAUGAGUUGACCGACCUCAAGCUGGUCAUAGAGGACACCAUAGAUAAUGUUGCUACGCUACAGGACUGCAGCUUCCAGAAGAGUGAGUCUCUGGGAACCAUUCAGCUGCUGGGCCUCCAGACAGGCAGUCAGGAUUCGUCUCAGAUGCUGGAGCUUAAAAAGAUGAUGUCAGAGAUGAAGGACCUGCUGCUGCAACAGAUUAAGGAGACUGCGUUCCUCAGAAACACCAUCUCAGAGUGUCUGGCCUGUGGUUUAAGUGGCAACAUGGAGUCAGGCCCAGGUACUGGUACUCGUACAGAGUCAGGUCCAUCCAAGUGUGAUCCAGGUGUGUGUUUCAAUCAGGACAUGUGUAUCCCGGCCGAGGGAGGAGGCUUCACCUGCGCCCCCUGUCCUGAUGGGUACACUGGAGAUGGGGUUUACUGCAAUGAUGUGAACGAGUGCACGUUUGACCCCUGUUUCCUCAAUGUGAGCUGUGUGAACAUGGCUCCUGGGUUCCGCUGUGAGAGAUGCCCUCUGGGAUACAGCAGUCCUGAAAUCAGUGGAGUGGGAGUGGCCUACGCAAAGUCCCACAAACAGGUUUGUGAGGACAUCGAUGAAUGCCAGGGUCCCCCUGACAAUGGAGGCUGCACCAGCAACUCUCACUGCCACAACACUGUGGGUUCAUUCCGCUGCGGAGAGUGCAAGAGUGGCUUCUCUGGGGACCAGGUGAAGGGCUGCAAAGGGGAGAGGCUCUGUGGGAACGGCCAGCCCAACCCCUGUGACUCGAAUGCACAGUGUGUAGUGGAGAGGGAUGGGAGCAUCAGCUGCCAGUGUGACAUAGGAUUGGCAGGUAACGGCUAUGUGUGUGGGAAAGACACGGACAUCGAUGCCUACCCUGAUGACAAGCUCAGGUGCAAAGACAGCAACUGUGAAAAGGACAACUGUGUGUUUGUUCCUAACUCUGGUCAAGAGGAUGCAGACAGAGAUGGGCUCGGCGACGCCUGUGAUGAUGAUGCUGAUAGUGACGGCAUCCUUAACAUCCAGGAUAACUGCUGGCUGCAUCCUAAUGAGGACCAGAAGAACAGCGAUAAGGAUCUCCAUGGCGAUGCGUGUGACAACUGCUUGACGACAGAGAACCCGGAUCAGCGGGACACGGACCAGGAUGGGCUAGGAGACAACUGUGAUGAUGACAUCGACGGAGACGGCAUGAAGAAUAUUCUAGAUAACUGCCCGAGUGUGCCCAACCCAGACCAAAAGGACAGAGACCACGAUGGGGUGGGAGACAUCUGUGACAGCUGUCCUGACAUGGUCAAUCCUGCCCAGUCAGAUGUUGAUCAUGACCUCGUAGGAGACACAUGUGACACCAACAUAGACAGUGAUGGGGACGGUCAUCAGAACACCAAGGACAACUGUCCCACGGUCAUCAACUCCUCCCAGCUGGACACAGACAAGGAUGGAAAGGGAGAUGAGUGUGACGAUGAUGACGACAACGAUGGGGUCUUGGAUGAAGCAGACAACUGCCGGCUGGUGGUGAACCCCGACCAGAAAGAUGAAGACAAUAAUGGCGUGGGUGAUGCUUGUACAGGGGACUUUGACCAAGACAAGGUGAUUGACAGGAUAGACAAUUGCCCAGAGAAUGCUGAGGUCACUCUGACUGACUUCAGAGCAUAUCAGACGGUAGUACUGGACCCAGAGGGCGACGCCCAGAUUGAUCCCAACUGGGUGGUUCUCAACCAGGGUAUGGAGAUUGUCCAGACUAUGAACUCUGACCCUGGCCUCGCUGUAGGCUACACAGCGUUUAGUGGGGUGGACUUUGAAGGGACGUUCCAUGUGAACACGUUGAUUGAUGACGACUAUGCAGGCUUCAUCUUUGGCUACCAGGACUCCUCCUCCUUCUACGUGGUCAUGUGGAAACAGACAGAACAGACCUACUGGCAGGCGGUGCCCUUCCGAGCUGUGGCAGAGCCUGGCAUACAGCUGAAGGCAGUGAAGUCUAAGACAGGUCCAGGAGAGUACCUGAGGAACUCCUUAUGGCAUACAGGAGACACUGCCGACCAGGUCCGCUUGCUGUGGAAGGAUGAGAGGAACGUUGGCUGGAAGGACAAGGUGUCAUACCGCUGGUUUCUACAGCACAGACCACAGGUUGGAUACAUCAGGGUGCGUUUCUACGAGGGUCCUAACUUGGUAGCGGACUCCGGCGUGAAAAUAGAUACCAGUAUGCGAGGAGGGAGACUGGGCGUCUUCUGUUUCUCCCAGGAAAACAUCAUCUGGUCCAACCUCAAGUACCGUUGCAACGACACCAUCCCUGAAGAUUACCAGGACUACAGUACCCAGAACUCUGAAUAAACACACCCUUCCAGGAGAGGAAGGUGGGUUGGUAUGAAGGAAAGUAGAUGAGAAAGAGACAAAGGAGGGAAAAGGAGCGAAGCAGGAUAAUGAAAUUCACUGGGCAUUAUGAAAGGUGUGAAUGGGAGGCUUUUAUAGAAACAUAUUAGCACUGUCAGACUUGUGUCUGCUUGUCAUGAUGCUCUGCACUCCACAUAUGCUGUAGAGUGCAAGUAGAACUGUUUCAACUGCAAUAUGUAGAAUGUAGAUUGUAGCGUUGAAAAACAUGUACUUACAUUUGUCUUUCUAUUUGUCUUUCUGAGGCAGGGUUAUUGUACUGUAUCUGGGGGUUCAAAUUACAGUUAAGGUCUUGUCAUCUCUACCGUUAAAAAGAGGAAAAUAAACUAAGGAGCUGUAUUGAUCACCCUUACAUUAAAACAACCAAUAAUAUGUCACAAUAAAUAUAUGAAUACAUACUCUGAGCACUCUGGUGAAACCAAAGUCUUUUGUUUGGUGGGUA